AUGCGUUUCACUUCGCUUAUCACCCUCCUCCCUGCCCUGGCCCUGGCACAGGAGCAGGUGCCUCUUGCCGACCGCGUGCAGGGCUGGUUCAACAAGGCCAAGGCCUACGUUCCCACGGCUGUGCCGGCUGACCCAAUUGAGAAGAUGGCCGAGAAGGUCGCGGAGAAGCGCGUCACCGAUGUGACCAUGCAGAACUGGCAGUCCAUCCUGACUCCCGCCGAGCAGGAGCAGGACUGGCUUGUCUUUGUGACCGGCGGCAACAAGACCUGCUUUGGUCGCUGCGAACACGCCGAAAAGGCCUUCAAGGUGAGUUUGACGCGACUGAUGGACCAUAUUGAAGGCAAGAAUCUAACCAUCUCCCUCCGAUCCCAGGAAUCCGUCCUCCUUUUCUCCGCCGACCCCACCGCCCCCAACCUGGGUCUGCUGAACUGUGAGGAGGAGCGUGUCCUCUGCGCCACCUGGUCUGCCGGUGCCCCCUCCGUCUUCUACUACCAGGUCCCUCAGGCCCCGGCCCUGGGCGAGGAGCGUCUCCCUACUCCUCUCCACAUCGUCUACAUGAACUCUACCACCGUCACCCCCGAGGAGCUCUACCAGAUUCACUCCAAGAAGACUUUCGAGAAGGUCCCCGCCUACGAAGGUAUUCUGCACCCCAUCGACGGCUUGCUCGCUCAGUACCAGCUGAACGUGCCUCUUGGUUACGCCAUCUUCGCCAUUGGUGCCAUCCCCAGCUGGAUGUUCAUGAUCGGCAUCAGCUUCUUCAGCCGUACCUUCAUGUAA